AUGUCUAUGAAAACACUGCUCAAGAAUGGCGUUGUUAUUGUUCACGAUGCUGAUGACAAUGCCAGAGGCGUCAAGUCCGACGUCCUCAUUGAUGGUGACAGGAUCGCCCAAAUAGCUCCAGACAUCACACCAUCUACAGGUGCAGACGUGAUCGACUGCAGUGACAAAAUCAUCGCACCUGGGUUCAUUGAUACACACCGGCAUAUGUACAACACUGCCCUGAGAGGAAUGCACGGAAAUGAUCUCCUCCAUGACUACCUCGUGAAGGGUAUCUUGCAAGGUGGUACAUUUAAGCCACGAGACAUAUUCUGGGGGCAACUAGCAAGUUCGUUAGAGUGCAUUAAUUCCGGGACGACAACAGUGGUUGAUCAUUCGCAUCUGAACUAUGGAGAAGAUCAUCCAAAGGCAGCUAUUGCGGCUACAGUCGCAUCCGGUCUUCGUUCAGUUUACGGAUACUGCUUCACUGUUCGGGUUGAUUCAUGGUCACCAUUUGCCUUAAAUCAAAGCUUCAUCGCACCUUUUGCACUUGAUGCGCUCAAAGACCUAGCAGCUUCGGCUCCAUUUGGCAAUGGCAGGGUGACCUUAGGUGUUGCCUUUGAUGGGUGGUUUUUACCGCACGACAUGCUUAAGUCGUUGUUCGACGAUAUCAGAGGUCUUGGUAUUAGGCACAUUACAACUCAUAAUGGUGCCUCACCUCCCGGGCGGCCAACCAGCAUUGAAACUAUGCAUGCCUGUGGUGUUCUAUCUCCAAAGUCAAGUGUCAUACUUUCACAUGCUAAUUUCCUUUCCGAGAAUGAUGUCAAGUUCGUGAAAGAAAACGGAGCGUAUCUCUCCUCGACUCCUUCCGUGGAAUUACAAAUGGGUAUGGGAGUGCCCGUGUGUUUUGACGCUGAUCGCGACGUACAGUCCUGCUCGGCUCUUGGAGUUGACUGCCACAACGUUGUUCUUGCCAGUAUUGUUGGCGAGAUGAGAGCUGCGCUGGUAAACAGCCGAGCCGUCUACAAUGGAAAAUUCCAAGCCGUCGGCAAGAUGGCAGCUAAACUCAAUCACACCGUGCAGGAAGCUUAUGCUCUCGGUACCAUCCAUGGAGCCAGAGCUGUUGGAAUGGAGAAAGACAUUGGAAGCUUAGAGGUUGGAAAGAAGGCUGAUAUUAUCGUUUUCGACGCAGUAAGCCCUUCCAUGAUUUGUGGCGCACAGCUUGAUCCCAUCACUGCGAUAGUCAUGCAUUCCACGCCAGGAGACAUUGUUAUGACGUUUGUGGACGGCAUCUUGAGAAAAAUAGAUGGGAAAAUUCUUCCCGUACAGGUUUCAACGGAGGACGGCAAAUUCGCUGGGGUGGAUGCUGCAACGCUAAGCUGGGCGGAUGUGGGCAAUAAUCUUUUGCAGACUCAAAAUAGCUUAAAGGACAAGAUCAAGGAGAUUAAUCCGGAGGUCGCAAAAAAAGAGGCCAUGGCAGCAUUUGGAAUGGAUCCAUCUAAAAUCACACCUGAAAUAUAA